CGUUCCUGGUCGUUGUUGCUUGUUCUUCUCCCCAUUACAACUUCUUCUUGAGGCAAGACCUAAAAAAUGGCGGCCCCCAGCACCACCAAUGCCACCACGGCAGUGGAUCCUUCUAAUGCUGCUGCAACGACACCGAAGGAAGCUUCUCCCCAAGACAAUAACAAGUACCGCACAUUGGUGGUCGAUUCCGGUCCCAUUAUCAAGCUCACGGGAAUAUCGGCGCUGAACGAUCGGGCGCAUGCUUUUUAUACCGUGCCCGCCGUGAUUGCCGAAAUUCGUGAUGCCAGGGCUCGUCAGCAUUUGCAGACGUUGCCGUUUGAGUUGCACACCAGAGAACCCUCUCCCGCGAGUAUUCAAGCCGUGACGGAAUUUGCCCGUCUCACGGGAGAUUAUCGCAGUCUCAGUAGUGUCGAUACCCAAAUCUUGGCGUUGGUCUACGAACUGGAACAAGAGGGAUGUCAGGGCAAUAUGGAUCAUGUGCGAAAAACUCCAAAGAGGACUGUCGGAAUUGGAAAAGUGGAAUUAUUAAAUAACAACAACAAACCCAAGCAGCAACAACAAGCUACUGAUAAUAAUAAUGCUGGAGAAUCCAAGGAAGAAGAAGAGCUGGAGUAUGAUGUAGUAGAAGACAGUGAAGAAGAGGAGGAAGAAGAAGAAGAAAAGUCGAAAGAACAGGUCUCCUUCUUUGAAGAAAAACCAACUCAGCCUCCAGAAAUCACAACUCCAGCAACAACCACACCAGCUGCACCCAAAUCAUGGGCCAUGUUGGUCAAUCCCAAGACUGCUGCCAGUGCUCCUGCACCUGAUAUUCAAACAGCAGAAGUCUCAUUGAAGGCAUCCAUGGGGCAACUCAAUAUCAACAACGAUGGCCAAUUCAGUGAUGCCGAGGAAGAAGACGAAGAGGAAAUUGACAACAACAAUAAUGGCGUGCAAGAAGAACUGCAAUUAGAAUUUCCCAGUUUGGCGGCAUCGAUUCAUGUGCCCUACGAAGGAGACGACAAUGACAUGGAACCCAUCGAAUACCAGCAAAGAGCCGAGGAAGAACGAAAGAAAAAGGCCACUCAACCCGUUUCCAAUUCGGGAAAACUCUACAAUUCCUUUCGGGGUUACGGCAAACUCUUUCAACCAGCACCGCCAUCUACGAAAAAGGUCGUUGCCACUGUGGAGGAGGAGAAAGAGAAAAUCGAAGCUGUCGAGGAAACGCCUGCUGCCGAAACCACGCAACAAUCCAGAAUCAUGGGAGGUGUCAACAUGUCGGGCCAAGAAGUCGAUGUCGAAGACGAUGGAGAGGGAUGGAUUACCUGUUCCAAGGAUAUCCGCUCUCUCCAAUCAACCGGCACGUUGGCACCACCCAAGAAUCCUUUGGACGGCGAAAUCGCUGCCAAAGGACCGCCACUGUCGCAACGAACGGCCUGUGCCACGACGGAUUUUGCCAUGCAAAAUGUACUGCUGCAAAUGAAUCUCGAAUUGGUGUCGGUGGAUGGAGUCAAAAUUCGACGUCUCAAGAACUGGGUCACUCGUUGCGGUGCCUGCUUCAAAGUGUACACCAAACACGACGACGACGGGCCCCACGGCAUGAAACGAUUGUUCUGCGAACGAUGCGGAUCGGAUAUGCUCCAGCGGAUCGCUGCCAGUGUCGAUGCCAAGACGGGACGGCUGCGGUUGCACAUGUCCAAAAAACACAAGACGAGUACUCGUGGAACAAAGUUUUCCUUGCCCAAACCAGGAACGGGCAACCGUUUCCAAGGUGAUAUCUUGCUACGAGAAGAUCAACUCAUGAUGGGUGCUUGGAAUCAAAAGGUCAAGAUUCGAUCCGGUGGAAAAGCCAAGAGUGCUUCACAAUCCAUGUUUGGACAGGAUAUUGCUGCCAAUGUUGGCUGCCGUGCCAAGACGAUGAAUGUGGAUGACAUUGCCGCUGGGUUUGGUCGUCGCAAUCCCAACAGUGCCAAGGGACGAGAGCGAAGGGGCAAGAAAAAGAGGAGUACGGAGAAAGCUUGUGGAUUACGUAGGUAUCGCUAAGAAGGUAUUGGAAUGGAAUUGCUGUAGCCAUACUUUUUGAAUAGAUAGAGACAAUGUAACCGUAGGCGGAACGAGUUGGUGACCGCGUCACGGUGAAGGCUUGUUCUAUAAAAGGAAAGACCAAAAAACAACGUGGUAUAUUUCUAACUCUUUUUGCAUACAUACAUGCACAACCACAUACAUGACCACGA